UUAGUUUGAGAAUUUGGGGCAGACACCAGAAAAAACAGAGAGAUUAAGAAGAAGAAGAAGAAGAGGGGGACCUUCUGCGAUGGGAUAAGUCUUACUGUCAUUCAUUUCAUUUCCUUUUCAGUAUUUUUUUUUUUUUUUGGGUACCCUCUUUCUUGUUUUUAUGUUCUGUCCGAAAUUUUCGUGAAAACAUCUGCCAAAUCCAAACAAAAUUACACACAUAAAACAUGGGUUUUUGUUUCCAUUUUCACACAUGGGAAACGCUGUUCAACAUGUAUGAUGUAACGUACAAGGUUUGUUGUAGGCUGACACAGAUAUAGACAGUUUUUGAUUGCACCAACCACCAUUCACUACCCACCUCUUCUUUUUUAAAUCUCAGUCCCUUUCUCUAACACACACACACACACACACAAAGAAAGAGUUUUUGUGAGAGAUACAGAAAUGGCUUCUGCUCUAUCGCAUUCUCAACUCUCUUUGGUUCAACUUAAACCCUCACUCUUCUUAACCCCCAAAACCCUUCAUAAACAAAACCCUUGCCUUUUUGCCCACCACAACCAUCAGAACCAGAACCAAUUGUCUAUAACUACUCUACCUCUCAAAACAAGAAAUUGGUUGGUCCCAAAACCAAAAGCUUCAUUGAGUUCUGUCCCUGUCCAAUCCAAUGCCAGUUCUCCUAUUUCCACCAAAAAAUCCGACAGCCCAAUUAUCGUCAUUGACAAUUAUGACAGUUUCACCUACAAUCUUUGCCAGUAUAUGGGAGAGUUAGGAUGUUUCUUUGAAGUUUACCGGAAUGAUGAGAUUACAGUGGAGGAGUUGAAAAGGAUGAAUCCAAGAGGAAUCUUGAUAUCCCCAGGGCCCGGUACACCCCAGGAUUCUGGGAUAUCGUUGCAAACCGUACUGGAACUUGGACCUAUUGUACCUGUAUUUGGUGUGUGUAUGGGUUUGCAAUGCAUUGGAGAGGCUUUUGGCGGGAAAGUUGUGCGUUCACCUUCUGGUGUCAUGCAUGGAAAGAGUUCUCUCGUGUAUUAUGAUGAGAAGGAGGAAGACAGCUUGUUUGCUGGGUUAUCAAACCCAUUCGUUGCUGGUAGAUAUCACAGCCUUGUGAUCGAGAAGGAAAGUUUUCCUGAUGACGAACUUGUGAUUACUGCAUGGACAGAGGAUGGACUGGUAAUGGCUGCUCGUCAUAAGAAAUAUAAGCACCUACAGGGGGUUCAGUUCCAUCCCGAAAGCAUUAUAAGCACUGAAGGCAAGACGAUUGUCCGCAAUUUUGUUAAACAGAUAGAAAGAAGAGAAGCUGAAUCCCAGAAUUGAGACGGUACUUAAGCAAUGUAACAUAUUAUGAUAUGUAAUAAGGCUACUUGUAAUCUUCUUUUAUACUUUGAAUUUUGUGCUUUGUACUUGCCAUUUAUCCAAUUAAAGAAUUCUUGGAUCUGGCUCAGACCUCUUGAAGCAUCUGUAUCUUGCAAGCAGUUUUCAUGCUUCAAAUCAUACCAAGACAUGGUGUAACUUGCCUUGGAUGCAUAAACACUUAAAUGAUCAUUUGAUUUAGCAUUGGCAAUAAUUCAUGAAA